AUGAGAGGCAUUCAGUUUGGAGCAGCCGAACCUGAAGGUGAGGAUGUAGCCGAAAUUGAAGAGGUGGCAGGGAUGGACAUCAUUGAAGGACAACACCAUAAUGACCAUGUGAUGGAGACAGAGGGAUGUCUUGAACCAGUUCAAACUACUGAAGGAGUAUGCAAUGAAAUUCUGACAGAUGGACACCAAGAAGCUAAAAAGAAGACUGAAUGCUUCGCCCUCGUGCACUGUGUUAUUGUGUACAAAUAUAUAAACUUAAAGAAGACCUGGGAUGAUGCUCGUGAGUACUGCAGGGAGCACCACAAGGACCUGGCCACGUUGGAAAACACAGAAGAAGUGAAGAAGUUACAGAUUCCCUUUGGACACACCGCCUGGAUCGGACUGUUUGAUGACCCCGCCUCCUGGAAACAGAUGACCUCUGAGUCCAACUCCUGGAGAUGGUCUUCCACUGGGACCACCAGCCCGGGACAGUACCAGAACUGGAACAAUGUCCAACCAUCAGGUCUUAAAGAGUACUUCCGGAUCACUUCCCUAAAGUCCUGGUCCGACUCUCAGUCCUACUGCAGACAGAACUAUCAGGACCUGGCCACGAUCCAGACCUCUGCAGAAAACCAGGCAGUGAAGGAUCUUCUCCCCUCCUCAUCAUCCAUAGUCUGGAUUGGUCUGUACCGGGUCUCCUGGAGGUGGUCCGACGGCAGCCCCAAUCCAGACGCAGCUGUAAAUCCCACUUUCACUCUCAGACCUGAACGUUCUCCUCCCGUCUCUGUGAAACCCAGCUCUGGAGACGUCUCUACAGUCGCAGCAGAAGAUCAAAGUGUCUCCAGGGAUCCUCACAGUUCCACUCCUGAGCAUCAGCAGAACAAAGAACCAGGAUCCACGCUGCUGUUUGCGGGUGUGACUCUGGCGGCCCUCGUCCUCCUGUUAGCGGCUGUUCUGUUGAUAUUCUGUAGAAAGAUCAAAGGCCACAUGUCAAAAGAACUUCCUGUGAGUGUCGACGACAGAGACGAUUACGAGGUGGGAUCAGGGCUCUGCCAAUGUCUCUCUUUUAUUUUGAGCAAAUGA